AUGCGUAAUCCACUGCGCUCAUGGGAUCGUUUCAUUUGUUUGUCGCCAUUGCUGGCCAUAUAUUUCGCUCAUUUUUGUAUGAAUUGGACAGCGUAUGUGAUCAUGCAUUGGUUACCAACUUAUUUGAGAGUAACAUUCCACGCGGAUCCGACGGCAGUAUCGUUGGCUGCUCUGCCAUAUUUGGCCAACAGUAUUUUCGCUGUCGUGACUGGACAUAUGGUGGAUAAUUUAGUGAAUACUCAUCGUAUGUCGCUAAGGAAUGCUCGAGUGAUGGCCACAGUGUUGGGACUGGUUCUACCGGCUCUGUUCUUAGUGAUAUUUGCGUUUGUCAGAAGUCUUUUUCUGUCGAUUUUGAUGAUUUCGUUGAGUAUGGGAGCACUGGCGUUCAACUCGGCUGGACAUUUAAGCAAUCACGCCGAUGUGGCGCCGAAAUAUGCCGGAAUCACAUUCGCUAUUUCGAAUACAAUUGCAACUCUGCCCGGUAUGACUGUAGGUCCUUUGACGGCACGUUUGGUCGUAGAAUCGGCGGGUCGUUGGUGGCCAUCGUUCGUGAUAGCAGCGGCAUUGAAUUUGGUUGGUGCGGUGGUUUAUGCAAAUUAUGCGAUUACGAAACAGAUUAUUUGA